ACUUUGGUUGACUGGCGGAGAGAGGGGGUGUCUGUGCGUCGGUAACGUAACGGGGAGAGAGAGAGAGAGAGAGAGAGAGGCUUGAGUGGAAUGUUUUCUCGCAAUAUUUUCUCGCCAAUGAAUAUGGACCUUUCUCUUCCUUAACCAGUCUGUUCUCUUUCUCUAGCGUUCAUAUUCAUCUGUCACUUACGCCCCCUCAUCACUCGAUCCUUCCAUAACCACUUCACACUCCCAUUCACUCAUCUUCGGAGCUCUCCAGAUCUUGUCUCUCCCCCAGCUAUGGCAGAGUUGACCAGAAUGUUGAUAGAGGUGAAUCUGCAGUGCUCACGCUGCUGCAAGAAGAUACACGAAGUUCUCUGCAAAAUUACCCAUAUCCGAGACCGGAUUUACAAUGAAAAGCAGAACACGGUUUUAAUCUCCGUGUGCUGCAGCCCGGAGAAAAUCAAGCGGAAGAUCAUCUGCAAGGGUGGCAAGACGGUACAGAGCGUCGAGAUCCUGCCCAAGAAGCCCAAAACAGUCAGGUUCAAUUUGCCACCUAAAGAAACCGCCAAGCAGCCUGCUCCUGCGCUGGUGCCAGAACUGCGCCGGAAAGCCCACAAAGCUCAUCCACAGAAGGCUCCGUAGCAGGUGCCCCCACCACCGCCUCCAGAUGCACCAAAGCUGGUGAUGGGCUACCCGCCAGGGUAUCCAAUGGUGCGGGUGUAUCCAACAAUGGGGGCGUGUUGUUGUCCCCCAUGUUAUGGAGGGUAUUGUGGGGGACCAUGCUAUUGCGUGUAGAGGAGGCUGGUGAUGUGCUAUGAUGGAUGUGGAAGACCGGCUUGUGAGUAUCCGGGUGGGAAUAGAGGUUCCUAUCCUGGGCAGGGGAGGCCGGUGAUGGGCGAAUGGAUGUGAUAGACCAGCUUGUUAGUGUCAUGGUGUGAUUACUUUAGUGAAGAUAUGGCCACUACAUGCACCUUUAUGUGAUCAAGUUCAAAGUUUCUCAUGUCAAUUACUAUUGUAGGAACUUGUGAAAGAUUCGCAAGUCAAAUGUUUAGGGCUAUCUAGGCGUCUUUAUCAUUGUGGACGUAGAAAGAUUGAUCAGGUUGAUGGCCUAGUGUGGUGCUAUAUGUGGUCAAAUAUGUUCACACCAUGACUUGUUGCUUGUCGGUUUCUUCAUUCAAUAAAAUCGAGUCCUUUUCAUAUC